GUACUGUGGACACGUGUGUUAUUGGAAAUGUCCAUUGUAACUGGGGGUCCAGUUACGUUUAAAUUAUCGUGACCUUCUCGGCGAGGCUCGGUGAGCAAUAACGUUCCUAACAAAUCUUUUAACUAUCAAACUCAAUAGCUUAAAUGUAUAGUAGAUAAUUAUUGUCUGGGUCGAGUACAUGUUUGUAACAAGUCGGUCCUUCAAAAUCCUGUCCCGUAUUAUGUACCCAGCCUUGGAAUCGUAAGUGGCCUAAUUUGGCAAAUUACGUAUUCUAUAGAUGAUCGCGUGAAUUUUGAUCUGAAAUUGACAUCUAUUACGAUAUAUAACAUUCUUACAAACACGGGGUCUUCCACUAUGGAUUAUUCAAAUGUGUUGACGGUUUCUAAGUACGCGAUUACCAACGUUGGAUUAUUUCACACCCUUUCCGAAAGUGAUAGCCGCAAGCACGUUAACACGAGCUACUCUGACAUUUUCACGUUAGUAUCCAGUAUAUACUGUCAAAGUGGACGAAUUCAAGGCCGUUGACGCUCUCAGGAUGAAGUUGUGUGAAGAACUAAAACAAUGGAAACUUUUCCUACCAAAUCAACCUCUUAUGUUACCUUUUGCACCGAGCAUGCCUAGACGGAAAUCCCGAUCUCGGCCUCGCCGGAAACGGAAACCACCAGACCCACCGGAGAAAGUUACCAUCACAGUGAAUGACACAGGUGGACGAACAGUUGCCGUGGAGCGCGUAGUCCCCAAACGAGAAAAACAAGUCUUGCGGAGGCUGAGCAGAGAGGAAGCAGGCGAAAAUGAGGCUGCAAAUAGUCGAUCUCAAAAUAUAUCAACACAAACUACUCUACAGGACCUUGAAUUUCUCAUCACGGACCCCCGAAUUCAGGAGACCAGGGGGCCGAGGAGGGCGUGGCUGCCCGAGGAGGUGGUCUACACGCGCCAGACCACUGCCCACCGGACUUACCACACGGGCGACACCACCUUGAACGUGGAACAUAGGUCCACAGAUAAUAUUGUUGUCCAAAUCGACAAACACGGCUCCGCCCGAGUGGACAAUGAAAAGGGACAAGAGGACAAGGAGAACGGACGCAGGGAAAACGAACAUGGACAAAGGGUAGAAGGGGGAGAUACGAGGGACAAAGAAGAAACAAACAGAAAGUUUACAAAUAAUGGCAAACGAAUUACAUUUUCAGACGAAACUGAUAAGACAAUGGCACAGACCGACAAGGAAAAAACGGACGGAACGACAAGUGUUCGUGCCCCAAGCAAGGUGGCUAAAGCUUGCGGUCAUAAGCUACCAAUGGUUCGUGUUGGAGGGGGGUGGAUGGAAGUGCCAGAUUAUCUCCGUUCUCACGUACCGAUGCACGUGCAUGUCGAGAAUACAAAAGACGGACAAGAAGGGAACUUGAUAAUCAGGUCACAGCGACCUAGAUCACAAAUGUUCUCGAAAAAGGGAGAAAGUCCGAGCUGGACGGCAACACUGAGCAGGGGUACCAAAGGGAGCGCUUCAACGACAAUGAGACAAAGACUUGUGUAGAAAGAGAAACUUUAGAGGAAAGGUGACGGGAAUAGGUCAAUUUGGCAAAUGUCCGAGAAAUGUAGGUCACUUUGACCUCUGUGUGAGAAGAAUAGGCUGCAAUGACCUUUUAUGUGAGGGAUGUAGAUUAACUUGACCCCUGCUGAAUCAGAUUUUGGGUAAUUAUUUUGAAUAUGUUGGUGCGAGAUUAUGACUCAAAUAUCGAUACUCGAAUAGGCAAGCUCGACGUCAUAACGGUGUCAUUCGAUGUUUUGGCAGAGUUAUUCAGCAUCACGUCAUGGGGAUAAUCACUUUAGAAUCUGAAAAUUUAAUGUACUGAAACCUUUAUUUUCUGCUCAUGAUGCGUCUCAUACUCUUGUGUUGCCAUAUCUCACCGCGAACAUCGUUAUAGGAGACUGUAGUGCCAUCGGAAGAAACUAUGAAUACAGUACCAUUAUUCAUUUUCUUUGUUGAAUUACAUAUAUAUAUACUAGUAUAUAUAUGGGGCAAAGAAGUAAUUCCAACAG